AUGACACCCCGCGCCCGUACACGAUGGCCAGCGCAACCUCGCUCAGCGGCGGACGAGAAGGAUUUCCAGAUGCAUGGGCCAUUCAGCAGCGGCCGUGACUCGCGAGCCUGCCAGCAAUUUGUACGCUCGGUCAUCGUCUCAUCCGCCAGCCCUUUUAUUCCCCGCCAGCAGCGAGUGACGGAUGUAUCAUACGACCAUGAGUUAUACGCCUUUCGAAUGAAAUUAAGCGAUGACUGGAGAUGGGUGACCCGCGGCAAGCAGCUCGUCUCAUGUGUCCAGGACCAUGUCUGGGGCUUCGCAGAUGACGGCGUUCACGCUUUGAGCUUGCCGAAAGAAGCAGCGUGCAAGGGGAAGGGUUGCAAUAUUGACUCUUGGCCCUAG